CCUGUCAUUACACUAUUUAUGUGACUUGUCAUACAGUAUAGAUAUUAAUGUAGUGCACACAGCGCAGUGUACACUUCCAGCAUGGCGUCAUCCAUAUUUGGAUUGCCCUCUCUGAGUUUCUCAGAUCUAUUCCACUGGGUUGCCUGGCUGUGUGUCUUCUAUCUCCUAUAUACAGCUUAUUCAUUGUAUCUGAGGAGGAAGCAGCUGCAGAAACAUUUUCGUUCUUUUCCAGGUCCUGAGACGCACUGGCUGUAUGGAAAUGCUCAUGUGUUAAAACAAGAUGGCACUGAUCUGGACACUUUGUCUAGUUAUGGGAGAAAAUAUGAAUAUGCAUUUCCUAUGUGGUUUGGAAGAUACAUUGCUUCUCUUACUAUCUAUCAUCCAGACUAUGCAAGGACCAUUUUGUCAAGACAAGAUCCAAAGGAUAACUUUGCCUAUUACUUCAUCACCCCAUGGAUUGGGAAAGGUUUAUUGAUAUUAUCUGGUGCAAAGUGGUUCCAGCACCGCAAGCUGCUAACCCCGGGUUUCCAUUAUGAUGUUUUGAAGCCAUAUGUGGGAGUGAUGUCAGACUGCGCUAAUGUGAUGCUGGACAAAUGGGAGCAUCUGGUCUCAGAGAAAAAGUCUAUAGAGCUGUUUCAUCAUGUCAGCCUCAUGACACUGGACACCAUCAUGAAAUGUGCCUUCAGUUACCAAAGUAACUGCCAGGAUGACAGUGAUAGUGAAUACAUCAAGGCUGUCUAUGAGCUCUCCUAUCUGGUAAAUCAUCGAUUCCGCUUUUUCCCAUACCAUAGUGAUCUAAUCUUCUAUCUGAGCCCCCAUGGCUACCGCUUCCGAAGGGCACUAAGAACAGCUCAUGAACAUACAAAUAAUGUGAUCAAGCGGCGGAAAGAAUCUCUUAAACAGAACAUAGAGCUGGAGAAGAUCAAGCAGAAGAGACACCUGGACUUUCUUGACAUUCUUCUGUAUGCCAAGGAUGAAAAUGGUCAGGGUCUGUCAGAUGAGGACUUGCGUGCAGAAGUGGACACAUUUAUGUUUGAGGGACAUGAUACAACGGCCAGCGGGGUCUCCUGGACAUUAUACUGUAUGGCUAUAUACCCUGAACACCAAAACAAAUGUCGCGAGGAGAUCAGAGAGCUUCUCGGAGGUCGGAACACUUUAGAAUGGGAUGAUCUGGGUAGGAUGCCGUAUACCACUAUGUGUAUUAAGGAGAGCAUGCGCCUGUAUCCACCAGUGCCAGGAGUGGGCCGUCAGCUUACCUCACCCGUCACCUUCCCUGAUGGACGAAGCCUGCCUAAAGACUCUAUUGUUUUUAUGAAUAUAUAUAUCAUGAACAGAUGCCCCAGUAUCUGGGAUGACCCAGAGGUUUUUGAUCCCUUGAGAUUUUCACCUGAGAAUUCCUCUGGCCGAAGUCCGCAUGCCUUUGUUCCUUUCUCAGCUGGAUCAAGAAACUGCAUCGGACAGAACUUUGCCAUGAAUGAGUUGAAAGUCGCCCUCGCAUUAACAUUACAGAGAUUUGAACUGAGCCCAGACCCUGAGAAAGUGCCAAAGAAAAUUCCUCAGCUUGUUCUACGAUCUGUAAAUGGUGUCCACGUAUAUCUGAAGAAGUUACCACAGGAAAAAUAGAACACAGAAAACAAGAAUAUUAUUUGUGUGAUGUUACUCUAUUUUAUAUAAUAUACUAAUUUGUGUAAUUCAGCUAUUUUUGGCUGAAUAACCUUGUCAUGAUCAUUCAACUAAAAAAUAAAUAAAUUGCUGGUAUUAUUAA